ACCACCACCACCAGCCAAGCAAGCGGUAUCUCCUGCUGCUGCUGCUGCUGCCGCCGCCCGCUGCCAUGGGUUUCCCCACCCCCUUCCUCAAGCUGAAGCCCAAGCCUCCGAUCGGAGGAUGUUCGCGGCCGAGGCCGAGCUCCACGGCGGCCGCUAAGCGUAGGCUCACGCGCCUGCGCUGCGCCCUCAACUCUGACAAUAAUGUGCCUCCCAUGACCGUUUCCAUCACCGGAGCCACAGGUUUCAUUGGGCGCAGAUUGGUUCAGAAGCUUCUAUCGGAUGAUCACAAGGUUUGCGUCUUAACAAGGUCUGCCACCAAGGCUAAAUCAGUCUUUCCUGCUUCCACGUACCCCGGAGUCACAAUAGCCGAUCAAGGAGAGUGGGAGGCAUGCGUCAGAGGCUCCUCUGCUGUUGUCAACUUGGCUGGCAUGCCCAUAAGCACAAGAUGGUCACCGGAGAUUAAACAGGAAAUUAAACGGAGCCGGGUCAAUGUUACAUCAAAGGUGGUGAAAUACAUAAACCAUGCUGGAAAUGCUGACGCUCAACCCUCAGUGUUUGUGAGUGCGACAGCCAUUGGAUACUACGGUACAAGCGAAAUCCAUAGCUUCGAUGAAUCAAGUCCAUCGGGCAAUGACUACCUAGCAGAGGUGUGCAGAGAAUGGGAGGCCACAGCACGUCAAGUAAACCAGGAGAAUGUUAGGCUUGUGCUUCUCCGGAUUGGGGUUGUUCUUGGCAAGGAUGGUGGCGCUCUAGCAAAGAUGAUCCCCCUUUUCAUGAUGUUUGCCGGCGGUCCUCUUGGGACAGGACGUCAAUGGUUCUCUUGGAUUCAUCUGGACGACCUGGUGAACCUCAUCUACGAAUCUUUAACUAACCCUGCGUACAAAGGUAUAAUCAACGGAACCGCACCCAAUCCUGUGCGCUUGUCGGAGCUGUGCGAACGGCUGGGGCGAAUCGUCGGGCGGCCCUCCUGGUUGCCUGUGCCGGAAUUCGCGCUCAAAGCGGUGCUUGGGGAAGGUGCUUCUGUGGUGUUGGAAGGACAAAAGGUUGUUCCUGUGAAGGCCAAGGAUCUGGGCUUCUCCUACAGGUACCCCUAUGUUGAAGACGCGCUCAAGGCCAUUGCGCAAGACUUGUAGAUUGCCAAUGACCAACAACUCUUCUCACUACACGAAAUUAAAGUAGGACCUUUGUCACCACAUGCGUGCAUAUACUGUGCAGAUAUACCUCAUCAAUUCGAGAAUGGACAUAUCAAUUCUAGUAAGUCGACUACAUUGUUGUUUUAUCAAUUCUAGUAAGUCGACUGCAUUGUUGUUGGAAACCAUUCAGGCUACUGUAACCAUUCUAGCGUGUUGGAUGGGCUGGUCACAGAAUAAGCUAUAUUCUAUGGCCGACCAUAGAGGAUACUCUCUGUACAUUGCGUGGUCGGUGGUAAAAGGGGCCAAUGUUGAAAAAGCUAAA